AUGGACUGGCCGGCCGAUGUGCGUGCGCUGGUGGACCAUCUGGUCUGGAGAGGUGUGCGGUUCUGGGAGGGUCGGGGGUGGGCCGUAUGUGCUUGCUUGUGCGAGGCUGAGGGAGGCGGGGGGAAGGGGGUGGUGAGGAGGAUAGUGAGGGGGGCGGGGCCGUGGUGGGGUGCUCCUCUUGCUGCUGAUGCUGCUGAUGCUGCUGCUGCUGUUGAGAAUCUUAGUAGUGGUGGUGGUGGUGGUGAUGCUGAUGUUGAUGGGAAUAGGGGUAUUCCAAUGCCCAGACGGGUUUUGGAGGUGGCCGGUGUGGUUAGAAGGGUUGAGCGGUGGUUGGGUAGGCUUGAUGCGGUCAAGGGUGUUGAGGGUCCGGGGGGAGUAGAGAGGUUGCAAGAGGGCAAGAGUAAGACUGGUCUGGCAGCGACCGCGCCGUCACCGACAAACGACGACAACGAUGAUGACGUCAAACCGAGUACCGAUAUAAAGAACGCUGUGAGCAAUUCCUCCAACUCAUCUUUGAAGCGUUUGCCCACGGCAGCGCAGGAAACGCAACGGCUGACAGCUUAG